UAAACGUUAUAAUAUACACAUAAAUAAAACAUUUUUUUGCAUUAAACUUUUAAGUGUUUAAAAUAGAUUUAUUAGAUAUCCACAAUCAUAGUUAAUAAAUGAACCAAAUAUGUCAGCGAGUAUAGACACAGAAGCAGUGUGCGCUCCAUACAACUGGGUGGAGAAGGCGGCGGUGUACAACAAGCGCGGCGAGCGCGUGCCCGCAGCCCGCCUGCGCAGCGCGCCCGCUAUCGCCCUCCUCUUCACAUCGCGCGGCGUCGACAGAGACGGCAUCAUCGCUCGCUUCUGCCGCAUCUACCGCGACAUCAGCGACCUGCACCUGCCGCUGGAGGUCAUCUACGUGCCCAUGGACGAGACGGCGCAGGAGGCGGCGGCCGCGUACCGCGAGCAGCCGGACUGGCUCACUCUGCGCGUCGCUGACCCCCUGGUGCUGGAGCUGCGGUACAUGCACGAGGUGACGUGUCUGCCGCAGCUGCUGGUGGUGCGCGGCGACGGCGCGCUGGUGUCCUCGCAAGGCGUCUCCGACCUGGAGCAGUACGGGAAGAACGCGGUGCUGAGCUGGCUGCCCUCGGCCGCAUGCAGAGACAUUGCAGACAUCGACCAUCAUAUCAAGUUUGGUGACGUACAACAAAAGUAAUUAGAUGAAAUCUCUAUCUUACUAUCUACUUGCGAAAGAUUAGAUGGAUGGAAGUUAGAGUUGGCAUCCUAAGCUACUGAACGGAUCUCAAUGUAAUUUGGUAU